AUGUCAACAUCAUCAUUAGAAAUAAGAACAAAUCAAUUUCAUACAUCACGUUCACCUAUAUCACCAGUAUUUUCAGAUGUGUCAGGAUCACGUCAAGGAAUUUUAAUAGACAUAGCAUGUAUAAUAAUCACUUUAUUAUCAUUAACUUUGUUUAUUACAUUAGCCGCUUUAACUGGUUAUUAUGCUGAAAUUGAAGAUUUUGAAACUGCAAAUAAAUUUUUUACUUCUCAAAAUCUUGCUUGGUUCGUAUGGGCUAUUUUUUAUGUGAUUAUUAUGUUAUAUCUUUGGAUUAGAUUUAUUGGACUUGCUUGGGAUAAUAUGUCGGAUUUGGAACGUUCUCACGUAAUUAAAAGUACUGAGCUUCAAAUUAAAUUGGAUCAACUUAAACGCGGAUACGCGUCUAUGCCACUUUCAUCAGCAAGGUCAAUGAUAAAAGAUAGCGAUCGAGAAAUAAAUUCAGAUCAAAAUAAUCAAUCAAAUGAUCGAAAACAAGAGGAAGAAACCAAUAAUGAUAUUAUAAAUGAAAUUUCUGAAAAAUUAAAUGAAGAAGAUUUGAUAAAUUUCAAUUACAUAAAACCAAAAUAUCAUCAUCAAAAUAAUAAUUCAUUUGGAGGAUCUACCGUUAAUGUUAAAUAUGAUGAUCAAUUUUUUACAAGUCCUUAUCCUUCAAAUUUUAAAGAUAAUGAUAAUAAUUCAGUAAUUGGUACUAGUUCAAUCCCAUUUAUUAACACAAAUAUUACUAUAACAAAUGAUCCGUUAAAAAAAUUUCCUCAAAAUUUUCGUCGACAAUCUGAUUCUUCAAUAACUAAACAAAGACGUUCUCCAUCAUCUUCUUCAACUUUUUUAAGAAAUUUAAAUGAUUCUCCAAAACAUUCGGUAGAAAUUGUUCAUCAAGAUAUGGUAAUUGAAAAUCCAUUAUCUCCUCGAUCUCCUUUAUCCCCUCUAUCUCCUACAGCGACAAUAUUUGAUAGAAGACGUAGUAAAUUUACUUCUUCUGAUUCUAUAACAAGUAAUAGUGGUGAUGAUGUGAACUCGAGAAGAAAUAGAAGUAAUAGUGGUGAUGAUGUGAACUCGAGAAGAAAUAAUAUUACUGGAUUUAAUAAUUGUGUAUUUGAAGAAUGGUUAUUGAAAAAACCUACUCCCGCUAUUCCUAGACCUGAAAGACUUGAUAGCUAUAGGGAAAGUAUAUGA